AUGACCGCUCUCACUAAGCAUACUGUUUGCUUAUGCCUCCUUGUUUGGAUGCAGAUCGAGACCAGACCCGAAAGGAUGGCAAAAAGUAACCGUAACACAAGAAGGACUGUGAAUGAGACCGCUGAGGGGUCUGCGAGCAACGUGGCCAGGAAUGAAGCUGGUACGAAAGAGGCUCGGAAUGCUACUCAGAAUGCAGCGAAUUUGAACAAUGCUGCAGCGGCUGGUGCUGCUGCUGCUCCGGUUGGGUUGGAAGCCGUUUUGGCUAUCUUGGCGCAAGUCUUGGCAAGAUUGCCUGCUGCGGCGGCACCUCCAGUGGCUCCACCUAUUUCGGAGGAAGUGGAGAACGUGGUGCCUGAAGGAGAGGAGGCACACGUUGUUAGGAAUCCGUCUUACCUCAAGGUUAUGGACCACAUGCAGAAACUGGGAACAAAGUUCUUUUCGGGUGGUUCCAAACCAAAGGAAGCAGAUCAAUGGAUUGACAGGAUAGGGCGAAACUUUAAGUCAAUCUGUUGUCCUCUUGCUUACAAGAAGGACAUUGCUGUCCACUACUUGGACGGUGAUGCGCACCUCUGGUGGCGAGGUGUAGCGGCUCGGAUUGGUGUUGAGCAGUGCACGUGGGCCAACUUUAAGACCGAAUUUCGUGGGAAGUAUUUUCCGCCGGAAGCAUAUGAUCAGCUCGAGGGAGCUUUUCUCAGACUGGAACAGGGAACUAUGACUGUAAGGGAGUAUGAAGCGGAAUUCAACAGCCUCAAGAAGUAUGCUGGGCGUGAGGCUGGGUCGGAAAUCUCCUCGGUCCGCAAAUUCAUGCGCGGACUCAGGGUUGAUCUCCGAACUCGUUGUAAGAUCCACAACUAUGAUACUGUGGCCGAACUGGUGAAAAAGGCCGCAGAACAGGAAGCUGGAAUCAGUGAGGAAGCCAAGGUGUUUGGCACAGUGGCGCAUGUCCAUCCUGGUAAGCAUGCGGGAAAGAAUCAAAAGCCGGUGAAGGCUGGCUCUUCCAGCAAGCCGAAUGCAACAGGUCGCAGUGCGUGUUUGACUUGCGGGAAGAUGCACUCUGGUGUCUGUCGUGCUGCUACGGGAGCUUGUCACCGUUGCGGAAGUAUGGAUCACAAGGUGCGUGAAUUCCCUGAGGAAGAUCUAAGGCCGAAGAGCCAGAACAAGGGUGCUGGGGAACGUGUGUGCUACAACUGCGGCGAAACAGGGCACUACAAGAAUCAGUGUCCGAAGGACGCACAAUCUGCUGGGAAGCGUCCGAGUGAUGGGCCUCAGCCGGUGGCAAAUAGGCAGGCCAUCAUGUCGCGGGUGUACACAAUCGGUGAUGAGUCGAUGGACCCAAGCACGUCUCGUCCGAUCACUGGGACCUUAGUCAUGGGUGGAGUGGCAACCCAUGUUCUGUUUGAUUCUGGUGCAUCUCACUGCUUUGUGCAACCCGAGAUGAUUGGAAUGGGAGAAUUUCAGAAAGAACCAGAAGAAGAAGUAAAAGUGGUUCGGGCAGCUGGUUGUCAGAUCAUGUACACUUCAGGGAAAAUCCGAAACGUCUCUGUGAUGAUCGGAGGAGUGAACAUGCCAGCCGACUUGGUCGUUUGCCCAGUGAAAUCAUACGAUGUGAUCCUUGGAAUGGAUUGGCUGAGCAAAUACAAGGCACAUCUUGAUUGUCAUCGUGGUCGAGUUCAGUUUGAGAUAGGCAAUGGAAAGCUUGUCUAUCAAGGGGUCAGACCGACCAAUGGGAGUCUGAUCAUUUCAGCACUUCAAGCAGAAAGAAUGCUGGAAAAAGGAUGUGAGGCUUAUCUGGCUUCAAUCACAACUGUGGAAGUCGGACCUGAUGCUGAGUUGGAAGGGAUUCCGAUUGUAAAGGAGUAUGAUGACGUGUUCGAAUCCUUGACAGGAUUACCACCGGACCGUUCUGAUCCUUUCACGAUUGAGCUUGAGCCGGGCACAAAGCCAAUCUCGAAAGCUCCUUACCGGAUGGCUCCGGCUGAAAUGGCAGAACUCAAGAAACAGUUAGAUGAACUGAUGGAGAAAGGGUUUGUGCGCCCGAGCAGUUCACCUUGGGGCGCACCGGUUCUGUUCGUGAAGAAGAAAGAUGGUAGCUUCAGGCUAUGCAUUGAUUACAGGGGGAUUAACAGAGUCACAGUGAAGAACAAGUACCCUCUUCCAAGGAUUGACGUGUUAUUGGACCAUCUCCGAGGUGCUACUUGUUUCUCCAAGAUUGAUUUAGCUUCGGGAUACCAUCAGAUUCCGAUUGCUGAAGAGGAUGUCCGUAAGACAGCCUUCAGAUCGAGAUACGGCCACUACGAGUUUGUGGUCAUGCCCUUCGGAUUGACCAACGCCCCUGCAGCCUUUAUGAAGAUGAUGAAUAACGUUUUCAGAGACUACCUGGAUGAAUUCGUUAUAGUCUUCAUAGACGACAUCUUGAUCUACUCAAAGAAUCAGGAAGAGCACAAGGACCAUCUGAGAAUGGUUUUGGAUAAGCUGCGGGAACUUAAGUUGUUUGCCAAGCUCAGCAAAUGCAGUUUUUGGCAAAGAGAAAUUGGUUUCUUGGGUCAUGUGGUCUCGGACAAGGGAGUGUCCGUGGACCAAGAGAAUAUCAAGGCCAUUGCGGACUGGCCCAGACCAAGGAACACAACAGAGAUCAGGAGUUUUCUCGGACUGGCUGGAUACUACUGACGGUUUGUUAAGGGUUUUGCCAGCAUGGCUCAAUCGUUGACAAAGUUGACCGGGAAAGAUGUUCAGUUCGUGUGGACAGAAGGCUGUGAUGUGAGUUUCAGCAAACUCAAGAUGAUGUUGACGACUACUCCAGUAUUGGCUCUUCCAAUGGACAACGAGCCAUACGUGGUGUACACAGAUGCAUCCAAAGUGGGACCUGGGUGCGUAUUGAUGCAGCAAGGCAAAGUUAUCGCGUAUGCGUCUAGACAGCUAAGGAAACAUGAAGGGAACUAUCCAACACACGACUUAGAGAUGGUUGCUGUCGUGUUUGCCCUGAAGAUAUGGCGGUCUUAUCUCUAUGGUGCCAAGUCUUCACGGACCAUAAGAGCUUGAAGUAUAUCUUUACUCAACCAGAGCUGAACCUUAGACAGAGGCGUAGGAUGGAACUGGUUGCG